GUCUGCCGACUUGCGCCUCAUUGUGCCACAGAGAGAAUUGACACACUCCGAUUUUUAUACCUCUUGGCUACAACAAACGAAAACCACGCAAAAACGAUGGGAUUCUUCAUUCCAAGGCCAAUAUUUUCGUAUAUUUUUGUUUUAUUAUUUCGACUAAUUUAAUUAAAGUUUAGUGUUUCCAUUUCUGCGAAUAGCCAACAGAACUUUUGGAUUAAUUAUCAAGAUCAUAAAAUAGGAGUCGCUUGGAUAGCCCAACAAAUAUUUAUUUUCAAUCAUUUUCACAGUCCUUACAUUUAUCGUCUGGUUGUCGUUCAGUUUACACUUGGAGUACAACUGAAAUAUCUUUUUGAUGCAUUCGGACGUUCUCCAUCUGAAAUUCGAAAAUGUGCUAUAAUUCUCAUGUGGCAGCAUCAAGUUUAAUAUUUAGUCGGUUUGUAGCGUAUAAUUCCAAAUUUAUUCGAAUCCACAAAUUUUUGUAUCAAAAAUUAUGACAGUGAGAACAAAGUGAAUAAAUAAUAGUGUUUCAGAUUUUUUAUUCAAUUUUUCAAUUUGGAAACGAACUUUUUAAAGAUAAUUGUGAACCACUAAUAAUAAUAAAAUGGGCCUCGCACCACGCCAGUGGAUUAUAUUAUUAACAUUUUACACGGUGUACCUAAUUUUCGGUGCGUGCGUUUUUUAUCACAUCGAACACAAAGCGGAAACAGAACGACGUGCCACAGAGCUACAGGCUCGUAUCGAUAUCAAUGAGUUGCUCGUUGCAUUCACAUCUCCAGACGAUAUUCAAAUACAGAAAGAUAUACUCAGCCGUCUCUCAUCCUAUUGUAACAAACCUGUAACAGAUCCGCAUGAGGACGAGUUCGUUAACCCCUAUCAAUGGACAUUUUAUCAUUCAGUAUUUUUCGCCUUUAUCGUAUGUUCGACAUUGGGUUAUGGCAACAUCACACCAUCGGGUACACUUGGGCGGUAUUUUAUGAUUGCCUACGCUUUGAUCGGUAUGCCCGUAAAUAUGAUACUGUACACAUAUCUGGGCGAAUAUUUUGGAUCGAAUUUCAUAAAAGUCUAUAGAAAGUAUAAGGCGUUUGAAUUUGCGAGACAUAUGCAUGCAAACGAACAUUACAGCCCACAUCGAUGGACCAUGGUCACCAAAAUUACGCUUUCGCUCGUUUUGCCGGCUUUGGUCAUACUCAUCUUUCUACCCUCCGUGUUGUUCACUUAUUUUGAAGGCUGGGAUUAUUCGAUCUCCGUCUAUUAUAGUUUUGUGACUCUGUUGACAAUCGGCUUUGGCGACUUCGUACCCACUUUUCAACCACAUCAAGAGCGCACGUUUGGUAUUUAUUUUGUGUUUUAUCAGAUUUUCGUAUUGGUUUGGUUUGUAUUCGGACUCUGCUACAUUCUCAUGCUAAUUGGAUUUAUCGCACGUGGAAUGCAAAGCAAAAAGAUCAGCCGCUUCGAAAAACAGCUCGCUGAGAACAUCAAAUUAACACAUAAUCGAAUAUGGAGCGGAGUUUCCAAAGAUGUGGGCUAUCUGAGAAGAAUCCUCAAUGAAGUAUAUAUUAUGCGAGUCAGGCCCGUGUUCACAGAGGCAAGCGAGGUGCAGCUGAAUUAUAGACAAAAUCGUUCACAAUCCUGUCCAAACCUCACAUUAUUCGGCUGUAGUAGUCCUGUUCCCCGCCGAAAGAGAGCCCUCUCUGAGAAUUUCUUCAGUGAUGAUAAGUACGCUGCAGAUGAACUAGACCAAUGGCCGCUGCAACUCCAAAGCCGACACUCUGAAACCAAUCUAAUGCGUAUUGAUAGAGAUAAGACUUUCAAUCAAAAUAAUAUCCUGGACAAUACCGGUGAGAUACUGGCUCAAGUGGUUUUCGCUUUAAACGAUUUCAAUUCAAAUAAAGAGGAACCAACUGCUACACUACCAUCAUCUGCUGGAGGAAUUGAUCUCUUCUCUGACGAAAGUAUUCUCGAAGAUGAAUGGUCGAUUAUCACAACACCAAGUCAUCAGUCGAACCAGAAAAUGCCGAAGAAAUUCCGAUCGCGGGCCAGGUCAUUGCAUCCACAGAUUUCGAAAAUUUCAAACGAAGAAUCAGAUACUCCACAAUUUACGUGGUCUGGCAACAACAAUGACAUUCAAGAUUACAUAAAUGCUCAAGUGAAAAAUAAGAAAGAAGCACCGAAAAAGAUCCUCAAAAAAGAUACCAACGGUAUUCUCAUAAAUAUUGACAAACCGAGAAAUGUUGACGCAAACGUGGAUCGCCGCAAAUCCGUUUUCAAUGCAUUUAAUAAUAUUUUCAAGCGAAGAAACACAAUGCACCCAUCGAAUGUUGAAGCGCCAAUCGAACAAAUUGAGCAGCCAUCAACGCCUUCGGUUAAGAUUUCCCCGGCCUUGGGAAGGAGAGCUUCAGUUAAAAUGGAUACUGUAAAUAGGCCCCAGUUAAAUGGGGAGUCAAAGAGGCGCCCAAGCAUUCUAUCGAAUCAAUCAGCGUGCUCUGAACACGUGCUUGAAACUACAACAAUAGCCGAUUUGAUACGAGCCAUUGAAAGUGCACACACCAGAAAUAUGUUGGGUCAAAAAACACACGACAGUCGUGUAAAUCGUCGCAUGUCCAUGGUUCCACAAUUAACAAGACGCGGUUCGGUUUCAUUUUCCUCUCCACUCGAAAUACCACCGGUCGGUUCGAAUUAUUUAAAACCGCGCCGACCGUCGCUAGUCGCCAUGCCUCGGAAUCGAAUUUUGACAACGAUGCGACAAAAUUCAAGUCCAAAUCGUUUUAAUGUGACUCCCGUUGUCGAUUCUCCUUCCAGCGCUGUAAGUCUCAGUCCCGUAAUACAACGUCGCUUGCGGCGAUUCAGUGCUGUACCUUCAACUACAAUUAUGCCACUGCGUAGACCAAGCUCUUCUCUACAUGCAACACCAUUAGCACUGAGACGAACUCAAUUCAAACAAACAAUAAGUCCAUUAGCAAAGGUAAUGCCUCCAACUCCAGAAACACCAACGCUAGCAACAAAAAAACUCUAAAUAAAAUCAUACCUUCAACACAUCUUCAGACUCUAUAAAUAUAUUUCCCGGUUUUGAUUUAAUACGUAAUAGCAACAGAAAGGAACAAAAAUAGUAAAUCUUCAAAUUUUAAAUUGACUUUUAUUUUUAACAUUUUCUCCGAAUCACACUAAAUUUUUUUGAUAAUGAAUCGGGCAAAUCAAAUUGCCUAAUGAAUUUCCUAAAAAUUAUAAAUAAGAUAAAUUAUGUAUGUAAAUAAUAAAGAACAAAAAA